AUGGAGCACGACGGCGCCCACGGUGGCGAUGCCGUCCCUGCUGGCAACCUUGAUGCGGCUCUGGAGCAGGAGGAGCUCGGCGACACCGAGUUGGGCUCCGAGUCCAUCGAGAUCUCCGACAUCAAGCGGCGCAUGUGGAAGGACCAGAUGCUGCUCAACAAGCUCGAGGGCCGCGCCGGCGCCUUCAGGGUCGCCGGGCGCGGGCCGUCCAUGCCGCUUGCGGCGCCUGCGGCGAACUGGCACGAGGAAGCCCCCGAGGUGCGGUGCCGCCGCAAGGCGAUGCUCCGGGCUCAGGACGGCGUCCUCCGGCACAUGCUCAAGAUGAUGGAGGCCUGCAACGCGCGCGGGUUCGUUUACGGCGUCAUCGACGAAGCCGGCGAGCCCAUGUCCGGCUCCUCCGACAGCCUCCGCGGCUGGUGGAAGGACAACGUCAGCUUCGACCGUGCCGGGUCCAUGGCGCUCACCGGCCCCGAAGGCGAGAACCCGCUGGGACUCGCGUCCUGCCUCCACCGGCUCCAGGACAUCCAGGACAGCACGCUGGGGUCCUUGAUCUCGGCGCUCAUCCAGCACUGCGAACCGCCGCAGAGGAGCUUCCCGCUGGAGCGCGGGCUGGCGCCGCCAUGGUGGCCGACGGGGCAGGAGGCCUGGUGGGGCUCGCAGGGUGAAGUCCAGGCGCACCAGGGCGCGCCGCCGUACCGGAAGUCGCACGACCUCAAGAAGGCGUGGAAGAUCAGCCUGCUGAGCGCAGUGAUCAAGCACAUGAGCCCGCGCUUCGACCGAAUGCGCAAGCUCGUGUGGCAGUCCAAGCGGCUGCAGCAGAAGAUGAACUCCAAGGAAACGGAGACGUGGUCCAAGAUCCUGCGGCAGGAGGAGGUGCUCAGCCGCUGUCUCAAGAGCUCGCUGCAGAUCACGCCCCUCGACGACGAACACGGCGACGAGGAGGUGGAGGACAGGGAAGGCGACGGCCUGGAGGACGUGUUCCACCGCACGCACGACAAGCGCAAGCGCGAGCUGAUCAGUACAACAGACAACAGCGGGGAGCUGGCCGUCAUGCUGCCGGAUCUCGCCGGCCUCGUCGCGGACGAGAUCUGGAGCCCGAUCGACGAGCUCGUGAAGCUGUACUGCAGCUGCAUGCCCGAGGACGGCGGCCAUGGGAACGACGGCGUGUCGGUGGUGCCUUCCGGAGAGCUGGACCUGUUCGCCGUCGAUGCGGUGCCACCGGACGUGCUGUUCGAUCUCAUCGGGAGCUGCUCAGGGCCUGAUGACGUGUUCCGUCUCAUGCAGGAGUGACGUUGCAAUGUUGGUCCACGCGUCGGUAAGGGAUAGGCCGGGUUGGGCGGGGAGGAAUGAGGUGGCGCGUUGCUGAUGGAGGUUAGCUAGUCGAAGUAUGUCUAGGUGCUUGUUUGUUGCAUUCCAUUUCUUCUGAGCUUAUCGCGAUGGGGAGCUGUGACUGUGAAUCUGUAACGUGGGUAGUAGUAAACUCUAGAGUGGAUAGAAAUGGUACCGUGGCCCGUCGGUAAUCGAGUGAU